CUAUAAAAAAAUCAGAACCCCCAAACAAAGGCUUCUUCCGCGCACAUUAGCACAGCGAAUUCAUUUCCCACCAAAGCGAUGUCGUAUUUGCUGCCUCACCUUCACUCUGGAUGGGCCGUCGAUCAGGCUAUACUCGCCGAGGAGGAGCGCCUCGUCAUCAUCCGUUUCGGCCAUGACUGGGACGAAACUUGCAUGCAGAUGGAUGAGGUGUUGGCUUCAGUUGCGGAAACACUAAAGAAUUUUGCAGUGAUAUACCUAGUGGAUAUAUCAGAGGUGCCUGAUUUCAACACAAUGUACGAGCUGUACGACCCGUCAACAGUCAUGUUCUUCUUCAGAAACAAACACAUUAUGAUCGAUCUCGGCACUGGAAACAACAAUAAGAUCAACUGGGCAUUGAAGGACAAGCAGGAAUUUAUUGACAUUGUCGAGACUGUGUACCGUGGUGCUAGGAAGGGCCGUGGUCUUGUUAUUGCUCCUAAAGACUACUCCACCAAAUAUCGCUACUGACUUCUUACAUCUAUCUUUCGAGCAGUAUCAGUGGUUACUCGCGUAUUAUUUAUGCAUAAUUGCGAUGCUCAAAACAUCUGUUCGAUAACUGAAUCAAUCCUCAGGGAAUAUUGGUGUGUUGUAACUCAAGAAUGCUAUUAUCUGCUAUUAUUGUUAUAUGUGAUUUUCACAUCUAUGAAUUAUGAUAUGAAUGGUAUAUGCUAAAUAAAUGAUGAGCUGUAACUUGUGUAGUAUUGUACCA